AUACCUUUGACAAAAAGAAGUUGCUUUUUUUAAAUGCUCAUCAAAGUUUUGUGUUAAAGUUUGGCUCUUUAGCUUUAUUCCUUUUGCUUUGCCUUUUCUUUUUAGUUGGAUGCUUCAGUUUCUUAUUUUUAGCCUCUUGCAUUUCCCAAUGAUAAAAGAUAAAGAUAAACAGUGUCAUACUUUUUCUUGAAGAUCUAAUUUAUAGCAUCUUCAUUUGUUUUUCCUGAUAUAAUUACUUCUUUCAGAACUAUAUAGUAGUUUCUAGCAUUAGUUUUCAACUUACUUUUUGAAGAUCAGACUGGGAAUUGCUCAUCAUCUUCUCAUUUUCUUUUAAAGCAGGAGGGGACAGGAAGUAGUCAUGCUGACGAUGCAGCUCCAUUUCCAGUUUGAUGCUGGUCAAAUCUUCACCUUGAAACUCUCAAGAGGCUUCUUGUCUACUUGUCUUGUCUCUUUCUUGUUUGUCACAACUACUUUCUACUCUUCUGCUAUUGCUGAUUUGAACUCGGAUAGGCAAGCUCUUCUUUCCUUUGCUGGUUCUGUUCCUCAUCUUAGAAAGCUCAACUGGAACUCCACUAACCAUAUCUGCAAAUCAUGGGUUGGUGUCACUUGCACUCCUGAUGGUACUGGUGUUCUCGCUCUCCGCCUUCCUGGAAUAGGACUCGUGGGAACCAUCCCUCCAAACACACUUGGUAAACUAGAAUCACUCGAAACUCUCAGUUUGAGAUCAAACCUCAUUGGUGGUAACCUUCCUCCUGAUGUUUCAUCUCUCCUUUCACUACGUUACCUCUAUCUCCAACAUAACAACUUCUCCGGUGAGGUUCCUACCUUUUUGUCCCAAAACCUCAGUAUCGUGGAUCUCUCAUUCAACUCUUUCACCGGGAAGAUACCAACAACCUUACAAAACCAGAAGCAACUGACAAAGUUGAGUCUCCAAAACAACAAACUCUCUGGACCAAUACCUAAUCUGGAUACAAGCAGCCUGAGACUUUUAAACUUGAGCAACAAUCAUCUUAAUGGUUCAAUACCCUCUGCACUUGGUAAGUUUCCAAGUUCAUCUUUUGCUGGAAACUCACUGUUAUGUGGACUUCCCCUGAAACCAUGUGCCGCUCCCUCUAGCCCUUCUCCUCUCACCCCUCCCGUCUCCUCACCUCCUCCAUUGCCGCCGUUUCCUCACAAAGAAGGUCCCAAAAGGAAGUUACACAUGAGCACUUUCAUACUCAUUACAGCUGGCGGGGCUGCCCUGCUGCUCUUGGUCAGCGCAAUUAUCUUAUACUGUUGUGUCAAGAAAAAGGACAAGAGGGAAGACAGCAUCGCAAACACAAAGACUCUGACUGAGAAAGCAAAGCAAGAAUUUGGAAGUGGGGUACAAGAACCUGAGAAGAAUAAGCUGGUGUUCUUUGAAGGAUGCUCAUAUAACUUUGAUCUUGAGGAUUUGUUAAGGGCAUCAGCGGAAGUACUAGGAAAAGGUAGUUAUGGAACAGCAUACAAGGCUGUCUUAGAGGAAUCCACUACCGUUGUGGUGAAAAGACUGAGGGAAGUGGCAGUUGGAAAGAAGGAAUUUGAACAGCAGAUGGAGAUUAUCAGUGGAGUUGGGAAACACCCUAACGUUGUUCCCCUUCGUGCUUAUUAUUACAACAAGGAUGAGAAGCUCAUGGUUUGUGACUAUUACCCUGGUGGAAACUUAUCAUCACUCCUUCACGGUAACCAGGGAAGUGAGAGAAGGCCUCCAGACUGGGACUCCAGACUGAGAAUCAUUCUCGCUGCAGCAAGAGGUGUAGCUCACCUCCAUCAAGUUGGAGGUCCAAAGUUCAGUCAUGGAAACAUAAAGUCCUCAAAUGUGAUUAUGAAGCAGGAGAGUGAUGUGUGCGUUUCUGAUUAUGGUCUGACACCACUGAUGGCUGUGCCCGUAGCUGCAAUGAGAGGUGCAGGCUACCGCGCACCAGAAGUGAUAGAAACAAGGAAACACACUCAUAAAUCAGAUGUUUACAGUUUCGGUGUACUUAUACUGGAGAUGCUGACUGGGAAGUCUCCAGUGCAGUCGCCAAGUAGGGAGGACAUGGUUGAUCUCCCGAGGUGGGUGCAGUCAGUGGUGAGAGAGGAAUGGACAAGCGAGGUGUUUGAUGUUGAGCUAAUGAAGUUUCAGAACAUUGAAGAAGAAAUGGUGCAGAUGCUGCAGAUUGCUAUGGCGUGUGUGGCUCAAGUGGCUGAGGUACGACCAACCAUGGACGAUGUGGUUAGGAUGAUUGAAGAGAUAAGAGUUUCAGAAUCUUCUGAGACAAGGCCAUCUUCGGAUGACAAUAGCAAACCCAAGGACUCUAUUGUUCAAACCACCCCUUGAUUAUUAUUAUUGCCCCAUUUUUAUUUCUAUGCUUUUGAGUUUGUAAGUCUUUUCUGUUGAUUGUUUGGAGUAAGACGCCGUUACAUAGCAAUUAUUGUUGGAUCUUGUCUUGUGUCUCAUGAUAUAUAUGAAUAUGAUCCAGUUUUAUUCAA